AUGGCGACCGACGACGACGCCGCCGCCGCCGCCGCUAUGCCGCCGCCCAUCCCCACCGCCGACACCUUCACGCACUUCCAGGACACGCUCUUCUCGCGCGUCGUGGCCACCACCAAGACGGCGGGCGCCAUCGCCGCCUCCGACGUCUCGUUCCAGCGCUCGUCCGACCCGGCGUUCAAUGAGGGCCUCGACGAGGUCAGUGCUCGAAUCCUCGGGCUCGCCAACCAGCUACUGCGGGCCGCUGCGAGGGGGAGUGAGAUUGCGACGCCGAGCAGGAUGAGGGAUGUGGAUGAUGUUGAGAAUGGGUGGGGCGAGGUCGUGGAGGUGGUGGAUUAUUUGUUGGAGAAGGCGGAUACGUGUUUGGAUGAGUAUACCGGCGCAAUUAAGCAGAAAUACCCCACGCCUCUGCCCGGCGCACAGCUCACCACCCCCCACCGCCCCCACAACGCCGCCCCCGUGCAACGCGCCACCUCCUGGCAAUCCCGCAAGCUCCCCAAGCCACAACUCCUCUUCCCCGACCCCAUCGACAACUUCGCCACCCCCCCCUUCAAGCCCCUCCUCACCACCAAGCCGCACGCCGCCCUCCCCCUCGCCGCCAGCAUCUCCCUCGAGCGCAACGAACACGGCAAUGACCAGUACGUGCACCCCUACCGCACCGAGAUCGAGACAACCGACUAUCCCGCUGCCGUUUACGAGCCCGCCCCGCCGAUCCCCUACCACCCGUUCGACAGCACCACCGCAACAUGGGUCGCCACGCCGGCCGCCCUCGCCGCCAUGAUCGCGCAGCUCGAGAAGUGCACCGAGAUUGCGGUCGACUUGGAGCACCAUGACACGCGCUCGUAUAUUGGCUUUACGUGCCUGAUCCAGAUCAGCAGCCGCGACCAGGACUGGAUCGUGGACACGCUUGCGCUGCGCGGGGAGCUGCAGGCGCUGAAUGCCGUUUUCGCGGAUGGGCGGAUUGUGAAGGUGCUGCAUGGCGCGUACAUGGAUGUGCGGUGGCUGCAGCGCGACUUUGGCGUGUAUGUGGUGGGCCUGUUUGAUACGCAUUAUGCGGCGAAGGCGCUGGGGUUCCCGGGGUUGGGGCUGGCGUAUCUGUUGAAGAAGUAUGUGGGCUUUGAUGCGGAUAAGCAGUAUCAGUUGGCGGAUUGGAGGAUUAGACCCCUCACCAAAGAAAUGUUCGACUACGCCCGCUCCGACACCCAUUUCCUCCUCUACAUCUUCGACAACCUACGCAACGAACUCAUCGCGCGCUCCGACCCCUCCAACCCCUCCGAGGACCGGCUGCAGCGCGUGCUCCAAGACUCCCGCGAGACCGCCCUAAAGCGCUACGAGCGCGAGCCCUACGACGCCGCCACGGGCCUCGGCGCGGCCGGCUGGUUCAACAUGGUCGCGCGCGACAACCUCACCCCGCUGCAGCUGGCCCUGUUCAAGGCCGUGCACCAGUGGCGCGAUAAUGCGGCGCGCGCGGCGGACGAGAGUACGCAUUAUACGCUGUCGAGGAGACAGCUGUUUGGCAUUGCGAGGCAGGCGCCGACGGAUGUGGAGACGCUGCUGAAGGUGUGUGUGCCGACGUCGCAUGUGGUGCGCGAGCGCGCGAAGGAGCUGGUGGAGCUGGUGAAGAGCGUGGUUGCGAAUCCGCCGGACGAGACUAUCGCAGCGGCGCAAGAGGCGUCCGCACCCGAGCCGGAACUAGAGGCGGCGCCGGUCGCCACAGUACCCAUCAUCAAGACCGACAUCUUUGCGCCGGCGGCCGCCGACGCAGCGUCGAUCCAGGCACACAAGUCGGCGUUCUGGGGGCCCGUCGCAGGGAUCAGUAGCCGCUGGGAAACCGGCGCUGUCGCGGCAAGUAUUAGUCUUGCUGUGGAGCUGCCGCCGCUGACGGCAGCGGUGUGGGUGACGCCCGGUGAGAAGGCGAGGGAGGCUGUGGUGGUCGUGGAUCCGGGUGCGAGGGCAGAGCAUCAGUAUGUCAAGGGCGCGGCGGCGCAGAAGAAGAAGGAGGACGACGUCAUUGUCGUGAAGGCGCUGGGCGGCGCGCGGAAACGGAAGAUGCCGGAUGACGAGGCGGCACCGACGACGGCGGCUGCGGAGGCAGAGGUUCCUGCUGCUGCUGCUGAAGAGUCGAAAGAGGGUAGUGCGUCAGGCGAGGAAAAGGAGGAGCAAGAGGAAGAUGUGGUGGCCCUGGAGCCCGCGCGCAAAAAGUCGAAGCGGGAGAAGAAGGAGCUGCGGCGGGAGAAGCGACGUCUUGCUGCUGCUGGUGCUGCUGGCGACAGUGGCAGCGGUGAUGGAGAGAAGCCGCGCGAGAUCCAGGCGUUCGACUAUUCGAAGGCGCCGCCCGUGUUUAACGGCCACAAGGAUAAGGAGGCCAAGGGGAAGGGGAGGGACAAGAAGCCACAGCAGCAGAGGUUCGAUCCGUAUGCGAAGUCGGGCGAUGCGCCGAGGGGCAUGAGUCGUGGACAGAAGGAGCGCGCGGGGAAGUCGCAUACGUUUAAGCAGUAG